AUGACGGCCGUCGGCGAUGGCGCGACGGCGAAGCCUGCAGACUGUCAGUUUAGACGGAAGUACGCGCUGACUGACGUGCUGCGGACGUCUGCCGGCCUCGAAUACUCCGUUCACAGCUGCCUGCGGCAGUACAAGCAGGACAUGGAGUCCCUGUUUCCCGGGCAGGACGUGUCGGAAAUUUUGAUUCUGCCCACGCAGCAGAGGGCGCGCGUGGAUCUGGUGAACACGGGCGAGGAGGUUGAGAGGGAGAAGGACCGCUUAUUGGAGACGUUUGCAGCGUUUGCAUCGACUCUCGUGGAGCGCCUCUCACAGAAGGGCCACUUCGCUGACUACAUUGAUCCCUGCUCCGGCCUCCCU